AUGUCCGAACGCGAGCACCGCCGCAAGAGGGAAAAUGCCGAGGAAACGCUCAAGAGCACCGAACUGCUCUACGCGUUCGACGUCUUGAUGCACUUCAUGGACAACCCCCAAUCGGCCGUAUUUCUGGAACCGGUGGACUGGGUCGCUCUGGACCUGCCCGUCUAUCCAAAAAUCAUCAAAAUGCCGAUGGAUCUGGGUACCAUCAAGAAGAAACUGCUGUCCGGCGAAGUUCAAAACAUCGCCGCCUUCGCGAGACUCAUGCGACUGGUCUUCACCAACGCCCUCAAGUUCAACGAGCCAGGGUCCAGCAUAGCCCUGCUCUCGGAAAGCCUUCUGGAAGAGUUCGAGGCAAACUACGCGGAGCUCAAAGCGUUGACCGCCACUCAGGGAAGCAACGACGGCGGACGACAACAGGAACAAGACACCCUCAUCAAAUCGCUCGAACAAGAGGCGGAAGAACUGGAAGCACAAAUUCAACAAACCAAAGAAAAAAUCGAAUCCACAAAACAGUCACAAGAAGAAAGUGCCAAAGAAAUCGUGGAAGAAAAACUCCGCAUGCAACUCCCAGUCAACCGCAUCAAGAAGCUGAAGAUCAUCCCCCCCCGCCUGCCCCUCACCUACGCCGAAAAAGAAGAACUGUGUCGACGCAUCGAGGAGUCCCUGGACCGGUCAGCCGUCCCAGGACUGCUAGAAGUCAUCUCUACCUCCGAAAUCUCGGGCGAUGAAGUGGAAGUGGACAUCGACAAACUAGACGACGACACCCUCAUCAAGGUCCAGGCGUACGUCGACCAAACCCUGCGAAAGCCAAGAAGGAGCCUCCUGUCCGUGGACUACGACGGCGAGUAUUCGGACAAGCUCAGCAAGCGCUCGUCAUCUCACAGAACGAAACAAUAA